CUCCCGCUUCGCUUCCAUUUUCAGGUCUCGUCGCCUCGCCCCGCGCGGCUCGCGGCUCCACCUCUAUCCGGCUCAACCCGAAUCACUUCAGGAAACAAAAGGAUAAGCAAAGCGGCUCGACUCGAGACUUCAAAAGGAAGACGAGGAAAAGAAGAGGAGGAAAAUAAUAAUAAAAAAAAAGAAGAGGAGGAGGAGGAGGAGGAGGAGGCGUCUCGAGCCGGCGACCACCUCGCGCGCCCCAGAUCCGUCCGCGCCCCGCGCAGAUCCGGCUCGCCGGCGGGCUCACGCGAGGACGUCGCCGCCCUCCGCCGCGAAUCCCCAGCCUAGGGUCUCGCUGCCUUCAGAUCCGGCUUCCAGAUCUGGCGCCCGGGCACAUGACACCGACGGUCCUCAUGGAGUUUGGGCAGCAGAGGCAGAUUAAGCGGGGCUACGACGAAAUGGCGUUUCGGGGCGUGGCGUCAGUGGCGCCCCGUGGGUAUGCGGAGACUGUUGGCGAGUCGGAAGGCGUAGUAGGCAGUCCUGUUCGUGUUGACUCUGAGGAUUCGUCGGCCCCAAAGCGCAAGUGUAUCAGCCUAAACAGCGACGGCUUCGAUGUCAAGCGGGAGAUUUUUGUUCCAGCCAAGAUGUCGUCCUCCGAGAGGAGGCGCCUCCGGAAGAGGUUUCGUAAGGAGCUUGAUAAGGUUCGGGAUCUCCUCAAGAAGCCCCAGUUUGCUGUUCCUGUCCCUGCCAAUAGAGCACCUGCGCUCUCGUCCUCGGCUGCCCCUCGAGCUAAGAAGGGACAGCGUGGUAGCCAUGUGGUCCGUGGUGCUAAGGGGCGUUUCUUGCCUACAAAACCCCGACCUGAGGCUUCCACAGUGUUGACUGAGGAAUCAAUUCUUAAGCAGUGUGAUGCUAUCCUUAAAAAACUGAUGACUCAGAAAUACAGUCACAUAUUCAACACCCCGGUAGAUGCGGUUAAGCUGAAUAUUCCAGAUUAUUUUCAAAUCAUCAAGAACCCAAUGGAUCUUGGAACCGUCAGGACUAAGCUUGACUCCGGUUCCUACACAAGUCCUUCUGAUUUUGCGGCUGAUGUACGGCUGACCUUUGCAAAUGCGAUGACCUAUAAUCCCCGUGGACAUGCAGUGCAUGAUAUGGCCAUUCAACUAAACAAGAUGUUUGAAUCAAGAUGGCGGGCAAUUGAAAAGAAGUUAGCUUCCGUUGUUACAGAGACUCACAUUGAGGUUGAUAGGGCUGACUCAAAGAGGAGGAAGACUCCCCCUGUGGACUGCAGUGAAGUGUCAACAGAGUGUGUUAGGCCAACAGAGUCUGUAAAGCCAAAAAUGACAUUUGAAGAGAAAGAAUCCUUUGGGAACUGUUUGUCAUCUUUAUCUGAGGAUCCAGAGUUACCUGCACACAUCAUUGAUUUGUUGCAGCAAUGCAUUGACAACAAUACAGAUCAGCUUGGUGAUGGAGAGAUAGAGAUUGAUAUCCAUGCUGUCAGUGAUGAUCUGCUUUUCGAGCUGAAGAAACAAGUUGACAAGUAUUUGCAAGAGAGGGGGCCGAGUCAACAGGCAAAAUCUGAGCCUUCUGAGAAUGAGGCUGCUAAUGUAUCUGGGCUUAGCCACUCCUCUACAAAUCCCUGCAAAGGUGGCGAGCCAAUUGAGGAGGAUGUAGAUAUUUGUGGCAAUGCGUCCCCAAUAUUAAUAGAAAAAGAUGCACACAACAAACCUAGCAAGGGUGGUAGCCCAAGUAAUUCCAGCAGUGACUCUGGAUCUUCUUCCAGCGAUUCAGACUCGGGUAGUGAUAGUGAAAGCGAACAAGAAAAAUUUGGUAGUCCAGCAAAGCUUGCGAAGGGAAGUAAGAGAUCUAUGCAACUUGUGGAGCAAGAAAAGAGUGAUGUUAUUAGUCCAGUUGAUGCCAACCAUCCUACUGAUGAUGUGGAGCUCCGUGAGCUGGACAACGAGUCUAAGCCUGCCCCAGAGGGGGAGAACUCAAAACCCGACAGGCAAGUCUCCCCAGACAAGCUCCUAAGAGCAGCCCUCCUUAGGAGUCGUUAUGCCGAUGUGAUUGUCAAGGCACAGGGGAUUCUCAGCCAGGGUGGAGACAAACAGGAGGAGCUGGAAAAGCUCCAGAAGGAAGAGAAAGCAAGGCUGUUGGCUGAAGGAAAUGCAGCUAUGGAAGCUCGAAGAGCUGAAGCCGAAGCCGAGGCUAAGCGUAAACGGGACCUAGAGAGGGAGAAAGCCCGUCAGGCAUUGCAGGAGAUGGAGAGAACUGUAGAAAUUAAUGACAAUCUCCAUCUAAAGGACUUGGAAAUGCUUGGAACAGCCACCACAGAACAUAUUGUGAGUUCUGUUGAUGAGACUAGUCCUGAGCACUCCCAGGAUGGCAUGCCCAGUUUUCUUCCUGGAUCAGGCAAUCCAUUGGAACAGCUUGGGCUCUUUAUGAAAGCAGAUGAUGAGGAAGAAGAAGAAGAUCCUAGCAGUGUCCCCAGCACUAAAGAUGCAGAGGAAGGAGAGAUCAACUAGCCCUUGUGGCCCAGUUGCUGAAUUAGCUGUGCAUAUAUGGUAGGUGCUCCUUCCCUCUGCUUCAAAACUAAGCGCGAAGAAGGCCCUCAAUUUUGAUGCUGCUGGAGGUCGUAAAUUAUGCGCCUGGAGGAUCGAGGUAACCUGCCCUACAUCAUCAUAUGUAUGUGGUUGGAGGAUGGCGCAAUCAUAACGGCCGCGACAUGGGGUGCGCCGAGCUGUUGUCAGGUGUAUGUACGUAGCCAUCUUUGGGGUGUCAUGGCCAGGCUGCAACGUGGGUUAACAACGAGAGGACCAAAUGGUUCUUUGCAUAUAGUGAACUAGUGAUCCAGGUGCUAAAGCUCAGCAGCUUAUAGAUUUUUUUUUUGUUCUUCUCUAGUUUUGGGUUGUCCAAUUGCUUCCUGCUGUAAAUUCGAAUUUUUGAUGUAGUGGAGGAAGCUAGUUGUCUGCUGGGCAUGUGGGCAAAUAGGAAAAAGCUUCCGCUUUUCUUGUUACAGGGGAAAAAAAUAGAAUAUUCGUGCGUCUUUUAGCGCAAUUUGUUGGCUCCUGUCAGAUGUUUGUUUGUUGUUGUUCAAUACUAAAUACACAAGAAAUUCCUUGUC